CUUAGUAUCUUCCUUUGGCUGUACUUUUCAAAAUUUUGUUAUUGCAGUGAAUUCUCUUUUUAAAAAAAAAGCUGAAUUGAUUGUACUUUGGACUAGUGAUGAGUAAAAUAUUACCAAGGGAAGUUAGCCCUGGCCAAACACUGAGGCUGUCUCACAAAGCCUUUGGGUAGUAUAUAGCCGGGAAGAAAUCAGUGCAGAGGAGCGAGUGAGCCCUUCGUGACAGAAGCACCGACUGCAGAAAGCACUCUGCAGCUAUGGACUCAGCUGACAAUCACAGGACAAAAGUAGCGGUCAUUGGCGGUGGCUUGGUUGGAGCAUUAAACGCAUGCUUCCUUGCAAAAAGAAACUUCCAAGUGGAUUUAUAUGAAGCUAGGGAAGAUAUCCGAGUGGCUAAAUCUGCACAUGGAAGAAGCAUUAACUUGGCCCUUUCUUAUAGAGGACGACAAGCAUUAAAAGCCAUUGGCCUGGAGGACCAGAUUGUCUCCCAAGGUGUUCCUCUGAGAGGAAGAAUGAUUCAUUCUCUUUCGGGAAAAAAAUCUGCACUUCCCUAUGGAACAAAGUAUCAGUAUAUUCUUUCUAUAAGCAGAGAAAAUUUAAACAAGAGUUUAUUGAAUGCUGUUGAGAAAUACCCCAAUGUGAAGGCGCACUUUGGCCACAGGCUGUUGAAAUGUAAUCCUGAAGAAGGAGUGAUCACAGUGCUUGGAGCUGACAAAGUUCCCAAAGAUGUCACAUGUAACCUCAUUGUAGGAUGUGAUGGAGCUUAUUCAACUGUCAGAAAUCACCUCAUGAAGAAGCCCCGCUUUGAUUACAGUCAACAUUACAUUCCUCAUGGGUACAUGGAGUUGACUAUUUCACCUAAGAAUGGGGAUUUUGCCAUGGAACCUAAUUAUCUGCACAUUUGGCCUAGAAAUACCUUUAUGAUGAUUGCACUUCCUAACAUGGACAAAUCCUUCACGUGCACUUUGUUCAUGCCCUUCGAAGAAUUUGAAAAACUUCUUACCAGCAAUGAUGUGCUGGAUUUCUUCCAGAAGUACUUUCCAGAUUUUAUCCCUCUCAUUGGAAAGCAAACCCUGGUGCGAGACUUCUUUCUGUUGCCGCCCCAGACAAUGAUAUCUGUCAAGUGUUCUGCUUUUCACUUUAAGUCACACUGUGUGUUGAUGGGAGAUGCAGCUCAUGCCAUUGUCCCAUUUUUUGGCCAAGGAAUGAAUGCGGGCUUUGAAGACUGCUUGGUGUUUGAUGAGUUAAUGGAUAAAUUCAAUAACAAUCUCAGUAUGUGUCUUCCUGAAUUCUCAAGAGUUAGAAUUCCAGAUGCCCAUGCCAUUUCAGAUCUGUCUAUUUACAAUUACAUGGAGAUGCGAGCACACGUCAACUUCAGGUGGUUCAUUAUUCAAAAGAACAUAGAGAGAUUUCUUCAUGCUAUUAUGCCCUCUACGUUUAUUCCUCUCUACACCAUGGUCACCUUUUCCAGAGUAAGAUACCACGAGGCAGUGCUGCACUGGCAUUGGCAAAAAAAGGUAAUAAAAAGAGGACUCUUUGUCUUUGGAUCUCUGACAGCCAUUGGUACUACCUACCUGCUUGUGCACUACGUGUCGCCAGGACCCCUGGACUACUUGAGAAGACCAUGGACUGGGGCCCGUUACUUCCAGGGUAUGGGGCACAUUUCUCUGCAAACUCCAUGGAGUCACUAGAGCAAACAUCCUAUUUCUUUAGCCAGUGAUAUAAUGUCCUAAAGUAGCAAAUUUUGAUUUCCCUGUGACCAAAAGGAAGGACCAAACAAGUGUUUCCAUUGCCAGAUUUAAUUCUCUCUUGGAAGAUAGUUGGCAGCAUGUAAAUAAAUUGAAUGCAAAGUU